UUAGAGUGUAUUUGUUUUGUAUUUAUAGAUCUAAGGUCCCGCAGCACUGAUGUUACAUAUUUUAACCAGACUUCUCUCCAAGCAAGAAGCUUCGUUUUCCUGAUAUAUCAGCUUUGUCUCCCUUGCAGACUCGGGGACCAGUUCUACAAAGAAGCAAUCGAGCACUGUCGCAGCUACAACUCUCGGCUGUGUGCUGAGCGCAGCGUCCGCCUUCCCUUCCUGGAUUCACAAACGGGGGUAGCUCAGAACAACUGCUACAUCUGGAUGGAGAAGAGACACAGGGGACCAGGCCUGGCCCCAGGUCAGCUGUACACGUACCCAGCACGUUGCUGGCGCAAAAAGAGGCGUUUGCAUCCCCCUGAGGAUUCCAGGCUGAAGCUGCUGGAAAUUAAACCUGAAGUUGAUCUGCCUCUGAAAAAGGAUGGGUUCACCUCAGAAAGUACUACUCUGGAAGCCUUGCUGCGUGGAGAGGGAAUAGAGAAAAAAACAGACACUAAAGAGGAAGACACUAUACAAGAAAUCCAGAGGGUUUUAGAAAAUGAUGAAAAUGCAGAUGAAGUGAAUGAGGAAGAGGAUUUGGAAGAAGAUAUUCCAAAACGAAAGAACAGGCCUAGAGGACGGCCAAAGACCCCCACCUGGAAAAAAAUUUUCCAGAAAAAUGCUCGGGGAUCUGGAGGAGGCAGGAGACGGAAUGAUGCUGCCUCCCAGGAUGAUCAUGACAAACCCUAUGUUUGUGACAUCUGUGGCAAGCGUUACAAGAACAGGCCUGGGCUGAGCUACCACUAUGCUCACACCCAUCUUGCCAGUGAAGAGGGUGAUGAAGCCCGCGAGCAGGAGACCCGCUCUUCCCCUGUCCACAGAAAUGAAAACCAUAAGCCCCAGAAAGGACCAGACGGGGUCAUCAUUCCCAAUAACUACUGUGACUUCUGCCUUGGAGGCUCCAAUAUGAACAAAAAGACUGGUCGGCCAGAGGAACUUGUAUCAUGCUCAGACUGUGGGCGCUCUGGACACCCGACCUGCCUGCAGUUCACCACAAACAUGACUGAGGCUGUUAAAACCUAUCAGUGGCAGUGCAUUGAGUGCAAAUCCUGCAGCCUUUGUGGGACCUCUGAGAAUGAUGACCAGCUGCUCUUCUGUGAUGACUGUGACCGUGGCUAUCACAUGUAUUGCUUGAAUCCACCAGUCUUUGAGCCCCCAGAAGGGAGCUGGAGUUGUCAUUUGUGCCGGGAGCUGCUCAGAGAGAGAGCAUCAGCUUUCGGCUUCCAGGCCUGAGGAGCUCCAGCAGUCAAGAAACACUUUGCUCCUGGUGUUGCCAUACCAGCACAAAUUUCCCAUCCAGAACACAAAGACACAACCCACAUCAAAAUGAAUGGACACUUACAUACAGGAAGAGGUAUCUGUGGUAUUCACUGUCAUUAAUGCCAUACCUCCUGGGCUCUACUAGAAGGAUCAUGUACUUUCUCGAUGCUCCGGAUGAAAUCUCUUCACUGCUAUGCAUGGUUGCUGCUUCCUGUUAUGGGCUCACAUGCAUUUUACAAAGGGGAGGGCUGUUAUAUCCACAGAGUUGUCAAUUUUGUGUGGCCUUGUGCUUUCUGUUCAGUCUUUUUUUCAAAGAAGUAGUAAGAUACCUCCCAAGGAAUUAUUGGUGAGUACUUUGGCUGGGAGCAGCACCAGUUGUUUCUCUUCACACACUUGACUGGAAAUCUCUUUACUCUGUAUUUGUAGGGGUGCUUUGAGAGCUGCGUUAGUUCAAUACUUCCCAGGUCAUGAACAACAUAUUGUCACUGAAAGAAGCCCUGAUCAACAAUUUUUGGGGUGACACUUUUUCCCUUGGAUCAAAUGCUUUGAUUUGGUAGAUCUUCAUAAAUCUGGUUUUAGUAUCUCUGAAGGAAGAACAGUACCGGUAUGUACACACACAAAUGCUUAGGAAAUCCCACUGCCUUUGGUUUUUCAGUGUAUUCAGGCGCCCUGCCCCACUCCAGUGCCAGCAUACAGUCCAGAGUCUUCAUUUAAUUUUGUACAGAAAGUUGUGAAUGGUCGUGUAUGCAACUGACUUGCUGUUUAGCUCAGAAAACUGAACAAAACAAAACCAGCAUCUUAAGUUGAACAUAGAAAGUAAACCUGUCAGUUUUCUGAGCAAAGUAAGCUGCAAAAAGCAAAAACUUUGGCUUAUGAUCAAAUGAAGCACUUUUAGUAAUAUUUUUGAAAUUUCUAAACUAAAAUGUUCCACAACUUAAAGUUGCAUUUUAUUCCAGGAAUUGCUUAAUCAAGACUUCCAACAUUUCCAGACUUACUGUUCUUUAGUGAAGUAAUUAUCAAGAUCUAUCUGAAUUUCCAAAAAAUUUUGCCCCCAAAUUCUCCACCAAACUGCAUUUUUGGCGAAUGUGAUAAUUUGUCAAAAAGCUUUCCCCAGCUCUAAAGUAGGGAAUAAUUUACUGAAACUAAUAAUAAAAGAAAAAAUUCAAAUUUAUUUUAACAUUUAAAUAGAAAGAAUUGUAUUUUAUUUAUGCAAACCUCUACAUGUGAAAUGAAGAAACAUUAAGCAAGAGCAUCAGUUGAAAAAGUAUUAGUUCAGUUGAAUCACUAGGAGGACAAGUGAGUACAUUAAAGAAUUUCUACCAGAUACAUUUUAAGGUUAAAAACCUGCAACUCCUUGAACUGCCAAGUAGCCCAGAAUGACCAUUUUCUUGGGCAUGAUGUAUAUUAAUUUCUAUGCAUAGAUUUAAGUGGGUUUAUAAUAUACAUUUAUGAGAGUCUCAAGCAGCAUGUGACUCAGGUUUCUUGUACAAGUAGGUAAGGACACUGAAGAUUAUAUUUGGCAUAUUCAUAUUAAUUGAAACUUUUCCACAAAAUUAAAUGUUCCCAAACACUUGAAAGAAUGUUGUUAAAGAAUAUCGGUGAGCUAAUUUUUCUUCCUUCUCUUGCUAAUUACACAUAGUUAGAAUGAGUUAUACUGACCUAAUGCACUUUCCCUCAUUAUUUAGGUAGUUUCUUCACCUUUUGCUAGAAUUGACAGUGUCAGCUGCUGGAUUCUCCCAUGUACUCUCACAGCCUCUUCUCAGGCAGCAGAAGUAUUUUAACCUGUUAGAAAGAAGAUUUAGGAAGUAUUUAUCCUGGUUGUAUUGGACCAAGUCUCUCCUGGGUUAGGUGCACUGGCUACCUAGGGAAUUCAUUCAGUACCUUAGGCUUUUCAUGUGAUGACCCCUCAGAUGAGCCAAGAGUGCCAAGAGUACAAGGAAAUUAGAGCAUCAGCUCUGGGGAGCAUAAAGUGGGAGCUCAUGGACCUGUGUUAGGUCUCUGGUACCUGCUGGGACAAAGCUCUAGAAAAAAUGUAAAAUGAAGCGUUUUCUACCUAGUCUGCAUCUACCCUGAUCCUGGGAAGCACCUGGAGGCCACAGCUCAUCCACAUGAGCGUUUGCACCCAUCUUUUGGUGUGGUCAAACCCUGCUGACUGGGCACUUUGGGACCAUUGCAGGGUUUAGGCUCAAACAAAGUCCUGUUGCUGCUGUGACCAGGACCACAAGUAUGUAUUCUCCAGAGAAGCCACUGAGCUCUUUCAUGGGUAGUGCAUGGUUUGGCUAGAGGGACUGGAGCUGAGAAGUGUGUGUCUGGAGGAAAGUUUUAUGGUGGUGCUGGUGGUGGGAACAGCAGAGGUGGGUUGGUGUUUGGGCUGGUGCUCAGCUACCAAGGCCUGCUGGGCUUAGGGAUCUCCAUCAUAAAAACGGCCAUUGCCUCCCAGUUUCCUGGUAUUUGCAUUGACCCUGGGAGAGGAGUGGGACAAUGUCUGCUCUAUCAAAAGGAGAGUGAAAUACAUAUGGUUUAGGCCUUUGUUUUGCACAGACAGUGGACAGUUCAUCAUGUAAGUCUCAGAUAGCCCUGUUUCUGGGACUGGCUGGUGCAGAAAAUCAGUGCUCUCCAUCCCUGUGACAGACAUUGCUAAAUGAGCUGUGCUUGGCACACACCUGUUUCCUGCUUUGUAGUUUUGAUCCACAUUGCUGGCUGUUUUCUCCUCCCACAAGCAUUCUGCAGUGAACAGUGUCUUUCAGUUUGGAAAUAUUCCUUUGUGGCCUUGCUGAAGUUUCACCACUAAUGAGGUAUGAUGGCAGGAAAGACUGCUAGAUCUUCAAUGGCAAAAUAUUAUUUGCCAUUUGAGAUCAGUGUCAUAGGGUACUUACCUGCAGUGGUCUGUCUGCAUUUCAUCUCUCCAGCUUUGUGCUGUGUUGCUGUGCAGCCAAGCAGCUCCAGGUAGCUUUGGCAGCAGAUAAGAUGCAAGCUCUCCCAUGCUGAGAACUUCUUCCAGCUACAGUCUCCCUUCUUCACUAGCUCGGUCUAAGAUAAGGGGCUAUGACGGAUCUCUCAGUGAUGUUUUUAUCAUGCAUUCAGAGCCAUAUGUCUUGGCACACUUCAGAAAUAUUAAUUGAUCCACCAAGCAAACAAUGCUGUAACUGCUUUACUGAGAUGUGGAGAGGUUGUGGUACAGCCUUGGAGGUGAGGAAGAGGAGUUCAGAAAUUCUGAUAAUUGACUCCCUGUCAUGUGGUACCCUUUGGGGACAGCGUUCCUGCAUGACUGCUGGGAUGAAUAACUUGGGUGGCACCAUCCAUGGUCAGGCAGAUCUUGAGACCACUCUUAACGGUGAUCUGUUCUGGGCAGUAAACAAUGUGGGGACACUGGCUCUGUCUGUUUCUGUCUCUCUUGGUAUGGCAGGACGUGCAGGUUUGUUGGCAGUCUCUGAGGUGAUCGAGCUCUGGCGUAUUUCAGAACUCUUGUGUAGGCAAGGCAAGCAGUAUUUUAGCACAAAUCAGGGCAACUACCAUGGGAGAUGGUAGAUCCUGCAUCUCUUGAAGUCUCUGAAUCAAGAAUGGGUGGCUUCCCUGAAGACGUAUUUUAAUUAAAUGCAAUUUUAUUUAAUCACAUGAACGUCUGACUGAAAAAAGGCUGGUGUUAUAGAGGAAGUCAGGCUGGAUGAUGUAAUUGUUCUUCCUGUCCUUAUUAUAAAAACAGAUGUUUACUGUGGCAGAGGAUGUAUUUAAAUACAAGCUGUGUCUGCAUAAUGGCCUUAAAGUACAUUAGUCAAACAUACUGAUGUAAUUCUUCUAAUUUUUAACCUCUUUUGGGUAACCUAAAAAAGGUCAGUUAAAGAAAAUCAGCCUUAUAAAGAAAAUCAGCCUUAUAGAUGCAGUUAAUUUUGUAUUACAUUGUUCAUGUGUAUGAUAGCAGCUACAUUAGUGUUAGCUACCUCAGAACUUGAUAAUUAUGACUAUAUUGUGUGAAAACAUGGCUUGAUUCUGGCUCUCCCUCCAUCACAUUUGUGUUCUGUGUUGCCCAGUUUUCUGCCCCAUGGUGGGAAAACUGGCUGGGGAGGGGAGCUGCUGCAGUGGCAGCCUCAGAAACCAGGGCAGUAUUUUCAAUAUGGUAGUCAAGAGUAGAUGUGACGGGUGAUAACCUGAGAGAUGGCAGGAGUGUUUCUUCUGUCCCUGAUUUUGCUUACUUUCUUGGCAUGACUUUGUAGUCUGAAUUACAACACUUGGGAAGCAUGAAUAUUUAGACUUUGAUGGUGAGACUUCUCUCUAGACACCUGAUCACCUAUCCCAACAAUUUUCAGACUGUGAUCCAGAGCCUGCAGCUGGACAGUAUCCUCUGUGCAGGGUUUUCAGUUAAAUCUGAUGCUAAGGGUGGAGAAAUAAAAAAAGGGGUUCAUCCAAGUCAUGCCACUGAGGAGGUGAGCUCAUGUUACUUAACCAUCACAGAGCCUCAAGUCUAGCUUGGAAAAGGCAAUCUAUUUAAGGAACAUGAGAUGGGUUCCAUUCUGCCUCCAAACUAUUUCCAUAGAGAUGUCUUUGACUGAGUUUACAGCAUUUCUAUAAACAUACCUUAGGUCAGUCCUUGCACUAGGAAAGCUACCAUUGUGUUCUUCUGAAGCAAACGUUGCUGUAGAUAACUUUGAAAUAAUAAUUUCUCAGCUUUCUGUAAAAGGGGCUUAGUAAAUUCUGCCCCAAAGGAGGACUUGCACACUGUGCAGUGUUAUGGGGCUGUUGCAUGUUCUUCACGCCUACAGCAUGUGUUUUGACACUGGUCAUUUGGGAAGUGAGGAGUGGAUAGGGUUAGAGAGUUAUAUUAAUUAAGCUUGUCACUGCCGGAGGGAUAAUGUGUGUUGUGCACAAGGAAAUUCCAGGUAGAGCUGGGCAUGAUUUUUCUGUGUGGAAUUACUAAUUUCAAAAAAUGUGCUUUUGAGAGAACCACGAUUAUUCAUUUAUUCAAGUUCAAUCUGGCAAAUUAUUUCAUACAAAACAAUAGAGAAUAUCAGAAAAGUUGAAAAUGAUUGUUUCAAUCUUUCUAGAAUGAAUCACUUCAAUAUUUGAAUUUCACAGUUACUUUAACUUCAAAAUAAAUAAAUACUUCUCAUUUGACACAAAACUUUUAAUGUGGGGCUCAAAAGUAUUUCAGGUCUAUCUGAAUUGAAAUUUUCCAAAUGUUCUUAUUUAUUGUCAUAUCCACCACUGUGUAUCUGGUUAAUUCAGUUCCACCAUGUCAAGAAAUUUCACUACAGAAAACUCUACAGUAUCUACUUAAAAGGAAAGAAAGCAAGCUAUGGAGGAAUAGGGAUCUUUAACACGAUGCAACUGGUUCAUCCAAAAAUAAAAAAUAGUAAUUAAAAUUGAGAGAAAAAAGUAAUUUUGAAUGCUAGGAGCACUUUCUUAGAGUGAGACAUCUUGGUUGAUCUUACUUGUCUGUCUGUCUAUCUAAUCAGCUGGAAAUGCCAACUGUUAGUCUAUAAAACUGUCUUUCAGAGCGGAAGGGGGAAAUGCUUUAUGUUUUCCCAAUACAUCAAAAAAAAUGGACAAAGCACAAGAGACUGUAUUGAGAAAAAUUUGGCACCAGUCUGGGAGGGCAGAAAAUGCAAUUCUUAUAGAGGAGAUGAUUAGAAGAUGGAUUGUCUUGUCAAUUUUGUUAUGGGAGGCUGCAGGUUGGACAGGAGGUGAUCUUCACCUGAGAUUUUAGCAGUCAACCAGAUCUAUGAGAGAGCUGCUUGAGUCACUAUCCCUGGAGGUAUUUAAAAGACAUAUAGAUGUGGUGCUUAGGGACAUGGUUUAGUUCUGGACAUGGCAGUGCCAGGUGAACAGUUGAACUCAAUGAUCUUAAAGAUCUUUUCAAGCCUGAACGAUUCUCUGGUUCUAUAUAUUUUAUGGAAAUAAGUUGUGUGGAGAAGAGCAGGCAGACAGGACAAGAAAGCACUCUUCUCUAGCCAGUUUUAGGUUUAUGAUCUUAGCAUAUCUCAGUAUUUGUAAAGCACUUAGAGCCCACUAACUGCAUGCAAGCAGAGUGCUUCCAUUUACUACAGUGAUGCAGAGCCAGGCUGUGGCAGGGCAAGCAGAGCCAACCCUCCCAUGCUGCUCCUCACACCAUUUAUUCCUGCCCUGGGAGGUGGGAGCAGGUGACAAGCCAGGAGUUAGAUGCUGAAGGUCCAAGACCCUGUGGAGGAAAUGAAAAGUUCUAGUUGCUAUGGCUGUGCUUCUCUUCUGGUCAAAGAGGGCAGGAGUGGGGACUGGCAGGCAGCCAGAUCCAUCUGCAAUGGUGAUUUAAUUACUAACAACGACCUCCAGCCCUGGCAGUAGUUAAAUGCCUUUUGAGGGCAGGCACCAAACCUGAUCUGGUUUACAUAAGAUAAACUCAGUUUUGCUGGAGGGAAAGGGAGAGGAGGGGGUGUCUCUGGUCUGAAGGGAACUGAUUUAUAAGUGCAGCUUCCCAGCCCGCUUCCAGUCACAUUCCAUGGCAGUGCAGGCUCCAGCAGCCUCCUCUCUGCCAGUGCUGCUGCCAUUGAGCAGGGCCAGAACACCAAGUCCCUGCUCCUUAGUUUUUGCAGAGAGAGAACUGGCGCUGUCCCAGCUCUAUCCCCUGAGGUGCUGGCUGGGUCUCACUGCACUGCAGACAAGGACAGGAGUGACCGAUGCUGCCAGCCAGUGUUGGAGGCCCCUGGGGGACAGUGGUUCUCUUGAAGGAUGUGCAAGUACAAUUCAUCUGUCCUGAUGGCUGAGUCUUAGCAUGCGGCAGAGGAGAGCUGUUACUCUCUUGCCUCUCCAGCUGCACUGCUGGGGUGUUUGCUGAGUGCCACCACCACUGUGCAUCGAGACACUUAACCAGGGAAGGGAGGAGAGAAAGGUAAACAACAGCAAUUACUUCUGGGGGACACAAGGGGUUUUAGGGCUUACCCUCAUAUUGCAGAAAUGUCAGUGAGAAUGCGAGGCAUUUUACAGCCUGGAAGUCAAGCCAAUAGCUUAUUAAUGUUUGGUCUGUGUUUCUGCCAUGCUGGAUGAAUAUGUAAAGUAUUAUUCUAGUGUUCACCUGUGCAAUUGAAAUAUGCGCUUUUACUGCUGUUUUGAAAUGAGGGAACCACUAUUUCCAGAUCAGCUUACCUCCCUUUGCUUGCAUGAAGUUAACAAUAAAACACUUCAUAGCUAAAAGUUGCUGAUUUCUCAGGUAUUGAUAUUUUCCUUCAGACUGCCAUCAGUCUAGUCAUCCGAUUCAGUUCACUGUAACAAACCAUAGGUUUGACCUCCACAGUGACUUAGGAAAUGUUCCCUCUCUCCUCACUUUUCAGAAGACAAGGAAAGAGAAGGUCAGGUUUUAUUCUUUGUAUUCUGAAAGAGUGAUAAAGAAUGACAAGUCCAUUUCAUGUUCAUCUCCUUUCCAUGUCUUGAAUGAUUGAAUUUGUUGCCUGGAAGAGUUCUCCUUUUUGUAGCAGUCUGAAGCGUCUUUUCUAGCAUGUCUCACCUGGGCAUGAGAUACCACAGCCUGGAGUUUUGUCUCUUUGAGUAGGACUUUUCCUACUGUUGCCAUAUAAGACCUUGAAACUGGUAAGUCACAUCAAGGAGCCAUGUGCCUACAGACCUGAAAAUCAAGAUAAGGAUUUCCCUUAGGUUUCUCAAGAUUUUCUGCCUGGAAGGCCAAACCCCCUGCUGCCCAUGAACUCUGCUGGAGCAUAGACCCAGACAUCUGUUGCUGCUGGAUUCAGGACUGCAUUUUUAUGUCUGCUAUGCAUGGCCAGUGCAAACUGCCAACAACAUUAAAAGGGAAGUAUCUGCCGAAAAUAGAAGGAUGAGACAUGAAUAUUAUGCCUAAUGUGCUCUUCCUUUGUAGCUCUCCUAGGAGUAGUACACACGAGGUGUGCCUCUACAUCCUUUUGGGAAAGCUAUAGUACAUGAGGGAAUUCCAAGUGUCCUCUCCUUUAAACUUCAUGACAGAAUAUCCAUUCUCAUCUUGUUUUCUUCUUUUACAACACACUCUUGGAUUUCAUGGACACUGUGUACCACAGCUGAUUGGAAGGGUCUAGAACAAUUUGGAAAAAUAGAGAGGUCCAAACAGAACCAUCAGCUUUUAUCUCCCUCUUAGAUGUGUUCAGCAAACCCUUGAUCAUUGCAGGAAAUCAAAGUCCUGGGCUGACUUAAUCCCAGCUCAGCACUAGGGUCACACAACAGUUCAUAUAGACUCUUUUGUAGUCAUAAAAUGUUCUUUAAAAAUGCAGGGAGAAAUGUUUCCUCUUUACCUUUUUGGCUUUCCAUUCUUUGUGCUGCAGCAGAGAUCGACAGUCCUCCUGUUUAUUCUGACUUUCUUCCAGCAGCUCAGCUGGGUCAGAAGUGAUGGUGACAGGUGGGGGAACAAUUUAUUUUAUUGAGUUGCAGAUGUAAAGAGAGGCUCAAGAGCGUUCAAGUAAAUUGCCAUUUGUGUUAGUCAGAUCUCCUAAGAACCAGAAGUUUGUGUACAUGUUAAGUCACUGCUUCACUUUUUCUUAUGCUAUUUCAGACUGAGUGUACCAUUGGUAUACACAUGC